CAAUCUCGUGUAGAUUGACACUGUCGAUCGUACUCAGCUGUCUGAUGCCUCGUCAGCUGGUCGCUUUGACCUCCAUUUUGUGAUCCCCUCAGCCGCAAUUGAAUUGACACUCUGGUAGUGACACACCACAUAAAAGAUCUGGUGUUCUCCCCGCUUGACUAGGACCGUUCACUCUUAUCACUCAUAUUAUCACAUACUACGCACAGACUUGAAACUAGCAAUCAUGUCGGCUUCCAACAAGGUCCGUGUCGCUGUCACCCAACACGAACCCGUCUGGCUGGAUCUGCACGCCACCGUGGAUAAAACCUGCCGUUUGAUCGCCGAGGCGGCGGGCAAUGGCGCCCAGCUAAUCGCUUUCCCCGAAUGUUGGCUUCCGGGAUAUCCAGCAUGGAUCUGGUGCCGCCCCGUCGACAUGGGCCUGUUCACUACUUACCUCAAGAAUUCCCUGUCGUAUGAUUCGGAGCACAUGCGCCGCAUCUGCAAUGCCGCUGCCCAGUACAAGAUCACCGUCGUCCUGGGUUUCUCGGAGCGCGAUGGCAACUCUCUCUACAUCGGCCAGUGCACGAUCGAUUCCACCGGCAAGAUCGUGAUGCGUCGGCGCAAGAUGAAGCCCACUCACAUGGAACGCACCGUGUUCGGCGAAUCUUCCGGGCAGAGUCUCUUGAAUGUCGUCGAUCUGCCGAUUGGUAAAGUGGGUGCCCUCGCGUGCUGGGAACACAUCCAGCCACUGCUCAAAUAUCACACCAUGAUUCAAGGGGAGGAAAUCCAUGUCUCCGCCUGGCCAGUUCUACAUCCCCAUAUGGGGGGCGAGUCACUGUGGGGCAUGUCGCAAGAAGGUGGAAUGGGUGCGUCCCAGGUAUAUGCGCUCGAGUCGGCGUCAUUCGUUUUGCUCGCGACCGCAGUGCUAGGUCCCAGCUGCGUGCAGAAGAUGAACUUGUCACCGCCGUGGGAUACCCUGGGAGGAGGCGCGUCUGCCGUCAUCGCCCCUGAUGGUCGCCGGCUGACGGAGCCAUUGCCCCCUAAUGAGGAAGGAUUCAUUUACGCAGAUGUGGAUCUAGAUGUAAUCUUGUCGUGUCGACACUUUGUGGAUGCCUGUGGCCAUUAUAGCCGUCCCGACCUGUUGUGGCUGGGGGUCGACACGCGCGAGAAAACACCACACCGACCGGAGGGACAGGGAGACAAUACCACAAGCAAUCUGGAUAGUAGUUCAGUCCUUGUGGAGGAGGAAAGUACCUGAGGCUAUCCCGACUUUCAAUGGCCUGCAUCGGAGCCCGCCGACAUAUCCUACCAGAUGGUGGUCCCGGCAAACACAUUUCUUAUUUUAGCCACCCCGACCAUGUCUGGAACAAAAUUAAUACCAAUAAAAUUAUUUAAUAUAAG